CUGAACCGAGGAAAGAAAACGGAACACCAAACCCAUCCUUUCCAGUAGACAAAUGGCAGGGAGAAAGAGGGAAGUUUGGCCAGGAAGAUCAAAAGGACUUUUUUCUUUUUCUGACCGGUUGCACGGAUUCCUUCGGUCCCCUGAUCCCCCGUCCUUCUCCACGGGCCCCUAGCCUGUCCUCUGCUCCACGGUCCCCUCCGCCCCGUCUCCUUCCGGAGCUGCUAGCUGAGGUCUCCGGAGUGCACAGGAGCGGCCGUCCCAGCGAAGGCAAAGCUCAAGCAGCGCCGAAAGCAUUCGGUUUCUUCAGGGCUGGUUGUGAUGGAUCGUGAAGUCCAGUGAUACCCACGCCGGUCCUCAGCCUGGAUUGCGUCGCCUCCACUGCCUCAGCGGACCCCAGUGCAGGGGCCGGCCCCGCACCGCCCGGGGAGAUACACGCCGUUUAAGAAUCUUUCUGGGAGACUUUGUAACUGUUGAAAUAAGGUGAAAAGCAAUAAGGAUGUUUAAGUGCUGGUCAGCUGUUUUGAUUCUUGGAUUCAUUUUUCUGGAGUCAGAAGGAAGGCCAACCAAAGAAGCAGGAUAUGGCCUUAAAUCUUAUCAGCCUCUAAUAAGAUUGCGACACAAGCAGGAAAAAAGUCAAGAACAUUCAAGAAUCAAAGGAUUCCUGAUUCAGGAUGGCCCUUUGGGAUCUUGUGAAAACAAAUACUGUGGUUUGGGAAGGCACUGUGUUCUCAGCAGAGAGACAGGGCAAGCGGAAUGUGCCUGCAUGGACCUUUGCAAUCAGCACUACAAACCUGUGUGUGGAUCUGAUGGAGAAUUCUAUGAAAACCACUGUGAGGUGCACAGAGCUGCUUGCCUGAAAAAACACAAGAUUACCAUUGUCCACAAUGAAGACUGCUUCUUCAAAGGAGAUAACUGCGAGGCCACUGAAUACAGCAAGAUGAAAAGCAUGCUUUUAGAUUUACAAAAUCAAAAAUAUGUUACACAAGACAAUGAAAACCCUAACGGUGAUGACGUAUUUCGGAAGAAGUUGCUGGUGGAUCAAAUGUUUAAAUAUUUUGAUGCCGACAGUAAUGGACUUGUAGAUAUCAAUGAACUAACUCAGGUGAUAAAACAGGAAGAACUUGGCAAGGACCUUUCUGAUUGUACUUUGUAUGAUCUCCUGAAAUAUGAUGAUUUUAACUCAGACAAGCACCUGGCUCUUGAAGAAUUUUAUAGAACAUUCCAGGUUAUCCAGCUGAGUCUGCCUGAAGAUCAGAAACUAAGCAUCACAGCAGCAACUGGGGGACAGAGUACGGUUCUGAGCUGUGCCAUUCAGGGAGCACUGAGACCUCCGAUCAUCUGGAAACGGAACAAUAUUAUUCUAAACAACUUAGAUUUGGAAGACAUCAAUGACUUUGGAGAUGAUGGAUCCUUAUAUAUUACCAAGGUCACCACAACUCACAUGGGCAAUUACACCUGCUAUGCAGAGGGCUAUGAACACAUCUAUCAGACUCACAUCUUUCAAGUUAAUGUCCCUCCCGUAAUCCGGGUGUAUCCAGAGAGUCAAGCCAGAGAACCUGGGGUAACUGCAAGUCUCAGGUGCCAUGCUGAGGGCAUACCAAAUCCUCAGCUUGGCUGGCUGAAGAAUGGAAUUGAUAUUACAUCAAAGCUGUCCAAGCAACUCACACUUCAAGCAAAUGGCAGUGAGGUUCAUAUUAGCAAUGUGCGCUAUGAAGAUACAGGAGCAUACACUUGUAUCGCGAAAAAUGAAGCAGGAGUGGAUGAAGACAUUUCUUCUCUUUUUGUGGAAGAUUCUGCCAGAAAGACCCUAGCUAACAUAUUAUGGAGAGAAGAAGGUCUGGGAAUUGGGAACAUGUUCUAUGUUUUUUAUGAAGAUGGAAUCAAAGUGAUACAACCCAUAGAAUGUGAAUUUCAGAGGCACAUUAAGCCUAGUGAAAAGCUCCUUGGAUUUCAGGAUGAAGUCUGUCCCAAAGCUGAAGGUGAUGAAGUCCAGAGGUGUGUGUGGGCCACAGCUGUCAAUGUCAAGGACAAGUUCAUUUAUGUAGCACAGCCAACUUUGGACAGAGUCCUUCUUGUUGACGUACAGUCUCAAAAAGUUAUUCAGGCAGUAAGCACAGACCCCAUCCCGGUUAAAUUACACUACGACAAAUCACAUGAUCAGGUCUGGGUGCUAAGCUGGGGUACCAUGGAAAAGACUUCUCCAACACUACAGGUGAUAACCCUGGCCAGCGGGGACGCGCCACACCACACCAUCCACACCCAGCCUGUGGGAAAGCAGUUCGACCGAGCCGAUGACUUCUUCAUCCCCACCGCCACCCUCCUCAUCACCCACGUGAGGUUUGGAUUUAUUCUUCAUAAAGAUGAAGCUGUACUACAAAAGAUUGAUCUUGAAACCAUGUCAUACGUCAAGAUCAUUAACUUGAAGGACUAUAAGUGUGUCCCUCAGUCGCUGGCGUAUACACACUUAGGAGGAUAUUAUUUUAUUGGCUGUAAACCCAACAGCACUGGGGCGGUUCCCCCGCAGCUCUUGGUGGACAGUGUAACUGACUCGGUCAUUGGGUUCAACAGCGAUGUGACAGGCACUCCGUAUGUCUCUCCAGAUGGACACUAUCUUGUCAGCAUCAGUGACGUGAAAGGUCUUGUGAGGGUCCAGUACAUCACCAUCAGAGGAGAAAUACAGGAGGCUUUUGAUAUUCACACAAACCUGCACAUAUCUGACCUGGCCUUUCAGCCAUCCUUUACGGAAGCCCAUCAGUACAACAUCUACGGUAGUUCAAGCACACAGACUGAUGUGCUCUUUGUGGAGCUCGCCUCUGGGAAGGUUAAGAUGAUAAAGAGUCUUAAGGAACCACUCAAGGCAGAGGAAUGGCCUUGGAACCGGAAGAACAGGCAAAUCCAAGACAGUGGCUUGUUUGGUCAAUACCUGAUGACCCCUUCCAAGGACUCUCUCUUUAUACUAGAUGGACGACUCAAUAAGUUAAACUGUGAGAUCACUGAAGUUGAGCAAGGAAAUACAGUCGUCUGGGUUGGAGAUGCCUAGAAGCCCUAUUAAACAAUUAUUAAAUGAAGAGUUUUCCGGUACACUGCACUUAACCCAUGGUUUAAAUUUACAACUUACAUUGCUUAACUUUUCAAGUUUGUAUCCUAGGCAAACAUAAGUUACUUGGGUGGCCCAAAUAAAAUAGAUUUUUUUUUUUUUUUUUGGCAAAGACAUACAUAAUUAGUAAUAUUGGUUGAUUGAUUAGAAAUAUUUAACACAAUAUUUAAUGAGAAGCUAUUAUACAUCAAUUACAAGAAUCAGAUCUAUAGUUAUGUUUUAAGCCAAUAAAAUAGGAAUUUAAAUACUUACAAAUAACUCAACUGCAGGGAAUUUGAAAUGAUUUUAAGCAUCAUUUCAUUUUGAGGGUGAUUUAUCUAUUUUUUUCUCUGUCCUUUUGGUAUGCUUACACCAGAAAUAAAAGGUGUUAUGGAACCUUAAAAUUCUUAAUUCAAAAUAUUCUGUCCCAUCCACUGUUUAUAAUCUUUCGUGCCUUGAAGGGACUGUCACAAGAAGAAAAGGAAGGCUAAAAGCUGCAUACUGACCGCCCACAUCACUAUAAAUUUCUUGUCAUUAAAAGAAAAAAGUUGAAUAUCUCUUGCAACAAACCCAGUCUUCAGUCAUUUGUCUAACCCUCAAUGAAAUGUCAUUUGAAGGCCUAAGUUGGCCUAAGGUUGUACACAGGUGACAAACUCUGACACUCACUGUAUAAUCUGCAGCAUGCUAUGGAAAAUGGGGAGGAAAAGAGGAAAAUAAUUAUGGUGAAAUGUUUGCAAUGUAUUCUCAACUCACUUUGGUUUCAAUCACUAGAGUACAUUAUAUUUUUAAUGCAAGUUUGUCUGGGAUGUCAACUGCUUACAAAUGUCUAUUAUUAGUGGAAUAGAUUUUUUUCUUUUCAUGUAGUCCAGUGUUGCAUCAGCAGUAACUUCCAUUUCUAAAACAGAAGCAUUAUUUGUGUCUGCUUAGAGUAAACCACAUAUCGGGAAAUUAAUAACAGGGAGAAAAAACUGGCUAGGGAACUGAUGAGUAUUAGUGGUUUAGGAGAAUUAGUAACAGAAAUUGGGAAUUAGGGGAUAGCACCACAGUGGUGAGGAAAGAUGUACUUCUCCAUUGCCUUUGCUAUUUAAAUAUAACCCAUCACAGGACUUCGUUCCUUAAUAACUUUCCUAAAUGACUUCUGUUUAAAUCCUACAUAAUCCUUAAACAACUCUCUCACUAUGUGCCGUAGUUUGAAACCUGACUAAUCCUCUUAUUUGAGACACUGCACAGAAGUAAAAAUUAUUGCUGUUCUUUUUCAGGGCAAAGAGAAGGCUGGUAGAAGUGGAUUAAAACUAGCGAGUUGGUUUAUUAAAAUAAGCGGAUAAUUAUCCAGGCUUAAAGUAAUAGCUUACAUGUUUGGAGAAUCUUUUUACUUAUUUUUGUUUUAUUGUUGCUAAAAAUGCUAAUGAGCUGUUGAAAUGACCUCCAUUUCCUGAAGGUAAUCCAAUAAGGUCUUUUUUAGAUACAAAUUUUACUCAAGUUUAAAUUGUGUAAAACUGCUUAGAAACCUGAAAUUUUAUAGUGUGUAAUAUCUUAUGUGUAUAUAGCAUCCUGAACUGUGUGAUACAGUAGAUUACUUCUUAGCUUAAGGAAGCAUUAUGGGAGGUAGAUUUAAUAAACAACAGAAAUCAGCUUAUGUUUCUACUUAUCUGUUUUCCUUUUUAGCAAUUUUCUCCUUUGUGAUCAUGAACCACAUAAAGUGUCCGUGACCUAAUGAUUUAAUGUAAGUCUGUCUCAUAUAUCCUUCUUUGGUAGCUUACACCAUGUGGAUGCUCUGUCUGUAGACUUUGCUUGAUAAAAGGAGAAUAAACCUCUUACAUUUUAA